AUGGCCACCCUGCCCGAGGCGGAGUCCCUCAGCUGGAUGGGUCUCAAGAGCAACCUGGGCCUGGCCUCAGGGGCCGACCUCUUUGGAGCCAUAGAGCAGGCCGUCGCGCAGCGCACCGGCGUCGCGGCACCAACGCUGGGUGAUGUGGAGGCUGUCAGCGGUGUGCGCGUGUUCAUAUCCACGACCAGCCUGGCGCGGCGCGCCCCCCUCUACCUUGAUAGCAGGACACAUGCGGGCAUGCGCGUGCGUGACGCCCUGCGCGCCAGCUCGGCCAUCCCCUUUUACUUCUCGCCCGUCAAGUCGCCCUUUGCGGCCGACGACCUGCUGGUGGACGGCUGCAUCACAGACUGUGGGUGGCGGCUCAUGGGGUGGGGCCGGUCAGCAGUGCCACAUCAGGUCGCUUGGUGCUGCAAGCAGGCGGCGUAUCGAGUUCCCAACUGA